UCCAAAUGCCAAAUAUGCCCCUCCUUUUCUUGGGAAGGUUGGUCAAUGAGGUUUGCGUAUUGAAUACCCUCUUCUGCGGCUGCAGAGAGGAGCGAAAAUGGCGUUACAGGCUGGGGUUUCAACCUCCAAGGUUCUCAUCCUUGUCGGAGCAGGUUUGACGGGUUCGGUUGUUUUGAGGAGCGGGCGACUGUCGGAUCUCAUAGCACAGCUUCAGGAAUUGCUGAAGGGUGUGAAUGAAGCUGAGGCCUCGCCUCUCAAGUAUGAUACUGCAGUUCUUGCAGCUCAGAUUCGGCAACUGGCUCAAGAGAUCAGGGAGUUAGCUGUGUCCCGUCCGGUAACCAUCUUUAAUGGGAAUUCGGCAUCAAGUGGGAGUUAUGCAUCUUACGUUGUGCCUGCUGCUGCACUUGGAGCAAUGGGAUAUUGCUAUAUGUGGUGGAAGGGUUGGUCGCUUUCUGAUGUAAUGUUUGUAACAAAGCACAAUAUGGCAAAUGCUGUUGCGACUGUCUCCAAACAGUUAGAGAAUGUCCAUGAAGCACUGGCUGCAACUAAGAGGCAUCUAACCAAGAAACUGGAGAACUUGGACUGGAAGGUGGAAGAGCAGAAGGAAACAACCAAGCUUAUUGCAAAUGAUGUUAAUGAGGUGAAGUCACAUAUUUCUCAAAUUGGGUUUGAUGUUGAAUCGAUCCAUCAAAUGCUUUCUGGGUUGGAAGUAAAGGUUGAGCAACUUGAAAGCAAACAGGAUAUGACUAACUCUGGUCUCUGGUAUCUAUGCCAAGUGGCUGGAGGCAUCAAAGAUGGGCUAAAUACUAAACUUUUUCAGGAUGUCAGUGCUAAGGUUGCAAAUCAUUCAACAAUCAUGUUUGAGGAGAAAUCGCUUAAGGGUCUCCAAUUCAUUGCUGAAACUAAGGACUCAGUUGUGGUUGAUAAAUCAAUGAUAAGCACGCAGAAAAAAGAUAUUGACAACUUCUCUGGUGAAAAAGUUCCGACAUUGAAAAAUAGAAUACAUAGGUCAUAUCCAGUUGGGAUUUCUUUGGGCUGAGAUAUUAGGGGUUCAGAUGCAUGAUUCUUUGUUUCGUCAUUUUAUUAUUGAUUUUGUGAGCUGAUAUCUUUCCUAUUGAUUCUGUAAACGUUCAAGGCUGCAGCAUUCCCUAAUUUGCUUCCAGUGAUAAAUGUUUCUCAGUGCUUUGUUCUA